UGGUCAAGGGUGAGCCACGGAUGGCCGAGUCGUCGACACACACUUCCAUGGCGCCACGAAGGACACCUGCUUCAAUAAGCACCCCAUCCAACAGGAUGGCGGGUUCGAUGCUGCCAGCAUCCCCAAGCAGUGCGGACGUCAAUACGUUCACCUCUUACAUGAGCGGCUCCAGUCGGCUGGACAUGUCGGUUGCUGGUCACAUGGACUGCACCAGGCCCAUGGAUGCAGCAGGAUUGCCAGCAAGAUCUACAUCACCUGGAUCCAAGCGAAUACUACUCCCAGAAGUGGUGGACGAGUCGACAGAUCGCGUGUGGAAGCUCACGGAUUUUGAGAUUGGCCGACCACUGGGCCGAGGCAAGUUUGGCAAUGUGUACUUGGCGCGAGAAAAGGAAUCCAAGUACGUCGUGGCCCUCAAAGUGCUGCAGAAGAACCAGCUGCGCAAGGCCAACGUCGAGUACCAGCUCCGUCGGGAGAUCGAAAUCCAGUCGGACCUGAACCACCCCAACAUUCUCCGGUUGUUUGGGUACUUUUACGACGACAAGCGCAUCUACCUCAUCAUUGAGUACGCCCCGCAAGGAGAACUCUACCAGAAGCUCAUGGACGUCGGUCGAUUCAGCGAGCCCGUCGCCGCCACGUAUGUGUACCAGAUCGCCCAAGGUCUGCUCUACAUGCAUCAACGCCAUGUCAUUCACCGAGAUCUCAAGCCAGAAAACUUGCUCUUGGGCUACAACGGCCAACUCAAACUGGCCGAUUUCGGCUGGUCGGUGACGUCCCACAACGUCCGACGGCGUACUCUGUGUGGGACAUUGGACUACUUGUCUCCUGAAAUGGUGGACAACUUGGCUCACGACGAACGGGUGGACAUCUGGACAUUAGGAGUGCUCAUGUACGAGUUAUUAGUCGGUACACCGCCAUUUGAAGCCGCAGACACCCCAUCCACAUACGACCGCAUUCGAUCCGUGGAUUUGCGAUGUCCGCCGCAUGUUUCCAUCAAAGCGAGGGAUUUACUCGAUCGCAUUUUGAGAAAAGACCCCGUCCAUCGACUGCCGUUGGAGCUCAUUCUCAAGCACCCGUGGAUUACCACAAACGUAAUUACGCCGUAAGAUUGGCAAAA